UUAUGCAAUACAACUUGUUCUUCAAUUAUUGAUACACAAUUCUGUUUGAUUUACUAAAAUGUGGUAUAUCUAUAGUAAUUUUUAUUGAAAAACGUGUUUGUUUGCUAGUAUUCUACUUAAAUGUCUUUAAAUUUUAAUCAGAAUCAGUAGACGCUUAUUGACGGGAGGAGAUGUUUGUGAUCAGGUGUCUCAGAAACUUUUGCACAAGUUAUAUUGCUCAACCACUUGGUCUGGUUAGAGAGACGCCACAAAGCAGGGCUGAAACACUAUUGUCUGACGAUGUUAGAGAAAAAUGGGAAAGGGAGCAAGAAGAGCUCAAGAAGAAGAUGGUUCUAGAAGACAGUGAAGAUUUGAAAGUUAUGGCCAGUACCAGUGGUAGUGACAUGCAAGGGAAGAGAUUCUAUAUAGCAGGAGUUGAUAUAUCCUUUGUGAAGGGAGAUGAUGUAAAUGCUUGUGCUGCACUUGUAGUUCUGUCGUUUCCUGAUCUUGAGACUGUUUAUAAUGACUGCCAGAUGAUACAACUCACUGAGCCAUACAUACCCGGGUUUCUAGGGUUCAGAGAGGUACCAUUCAUUGUUGACCUGUUUGAAAAACUUAAGCAGGAAAAACCACAGUACCUUCCUCAUGUUGUUAUGGUUGAUGGAAAUGGUAUAUUGCAUCCAAAAGGGUUUGGUUCAGCAUGUCAUAUGGGUGUGAUGUUAAACCUCCCAUGUAUAGGUGUAGCAAAGAAGCUGUUCCAGGUAGACGGUCUAGAAAAUGAUGCUGAACAUAAAGAAAAGAUAGAGGCCCUGAAAGCUGGUGGAGACACAUUCCCUCUUGUAGGAAAUUCAGGAAGAACUUUGGGAAUGGCUUUACGUAGCUGCAAUAACACAAAGAAUCCAGUGUAUGUGUCACCUGGAAACUUGGUUACUAUGGAUACAGCUGUUAGACUGGUUCACAAAUGUUGUAAACACAGAGUACCAGACCCUGUUAGACUGGCAGACAUUAAUUCAAGAGAAUACCUGAGAGUGAACUUCAAACCAGAACCUGCUGCAGACAGUACCUGAUAGUUGCUGAUAUCUAAGAAUAAUGUUCUAUCUGUGAUAAUGGCAACAACUAUGCCUCCCACACCACUGUGUAGUGGGAGACAUAUUGAUUUACUCCUGUCUGUGUGUCUGUCCGUCUGUCAUAAAUCUUGUCCGCACUCUUAAGUCAAACAUUUCUCAUCCGAUCUUCACCAUAUUUGAACAAAAUGUGUUUGUCAGUAAGUCCUUGGCCAAGUUCAAUAACUAGCCAAAUCGUCCCUGGCACUUUGGACUUAAAGACCUUGAAUUACCGAUAGGCCGCUUACUCCAAAACUUACCAAUAGGCCGCUUACUCCAAAACAAUCGAAGGUAUAUUUUCUGUGAGUAAACAGUAUAUAAAGACAGACUUACUAUUCAGAUGAUUAGGUAGUUGUGGGAGACAAGCUCUUCCCUCAAAAGCAGCUAUAGUUUGUAAAUAUUUUUAUAAGCUACAGAGAAGGCACAGUGAUGGAUUGCGAUGUGCCUUUUGUUGGAAUAUGAGUUGCCACCGAUGUUGUUUAUACUAAAACUGGUGUGCCUUACAUUUGACAUGUACAUGUGAUACCAUUGAAAUAUCAUUAUAUUUUGAACAACUUAAGAAGACGUUAGUAGUAUAUCUCUUGACAGUUCAAUGAAGUUAUAGGAAAUACGUUUGUUUAGAAAUUUUCAGUUUUAGUAAUUUAUGAAAUGUUAAUGCUAAAAGUAAGUGUUUUUUUUUGUAAAUCAGCUGAUGGAUUAUAUUUUCACUAUGUCUAAAUUAAAACAAUGGCACAUAAUUAUGUAUAACUUAUGAUAAUAAGUAUUUUUGUCCUUUUCAAAGUUUUUUUAAGAAAAUUGAAGGCGUUAACAACAAUACAGUUAAAGAAGCUAUUUUCAAAAUUGUCUCAUUUCCUGAUCUGGUUUCUUUUAUGCAUUAUAUAUCUUCAUUUUUGCAUCAAUUAUUUACAUAUCUAGUGUUGAUAGUUCUGUAAAAUUAUUUAUAGGCAUUAAAACGUUAAAUGCAAGAUAAUAAAAAAUUGUUGAGAAAAAGUUUUACAAUACCUUAAAUGAAUCCAAUGUAAAUGUUAGUCACAAACUCCAGAAUAUUCUUACAUGUGUUAAACUGUGUUAUUUUAACUUGAUACUGACGUAUUUAUCGGAACAUGUAAUUAACUGCUAAUGUAAAGAAUGUACGUAAUUUUCUCAGAAAUGUUAUAGUCUUGAAAAUUGGGUGUAAACCUGUAUGACGAGUUUUGGUGUGAGCGAAAAUUACAGUGACAUACUGUGAAAUCAUUAUUAUUGGUGGGGGACUAAUUUUUCGUGGAUUUCGUGGUUGAGUCAAUCCACGAAAUUUCAUACCCACGAAAUUAAAUGAUUUACAGUAGAUGAUUGCUGUUUGGUCCAAAUAGUAUUUAUUUCAUAUAUAUUGACAAUGUUAGUCAAUCACAUACAAUCAAUACUACCAUCAGAAAAAAUAAGAAAAACAAAACAAGAUUGUACCAGCUGGUUUCCAUAGUGACAAAAGCGUUAUAAUAUAUUAGCAUGGUAUUAAGUGCAUAGUUCAUUAUGUCAGGGGAAUAAAGUUUUAGAUACACUUAAUUUAAAGGGCUCGUCAUUAAAGCUGCUUGCCUCUAGAUAUAUGUCAGAUUUUUCAAAAUGAUUGCAGAGGAAGUAAAUACUUUUACAAAUAGGAAGAAAUUUAGAGUUAUCCCUUUUAUUCUAGGAAAAUUUUAAGUUUAAAAACCAUAUUUUAGUCAAUAAAAUAUGUAGAAAACUCUCCAAAGUGUUAGUUUUGCUAUUGAAAUUUGAUAUACAUGAAAUAAGAACGUUUUUAACUGAACUUUGUAGAAUACACAUCAAACUAUCUGCUCAAAACUGGUUUAUUAUUUUCAAUAUUUAAUAGUAGUUACUUUUCAUUGUAAAUUUAUUAAAAGUUUUAAUUGUCAUCUGGAGGUAUGUGCCAUCUUGACAUGUAAAAUGUCAGAUUUUUUGUAAAGAUAUACAUGUAUAUCAUUCAGUGUAAUUGCACAAUAUGAAAUAAAUAAUUUCUAGUACUACUCAGUCUGCAAAAUUAAAUUCCAGUGAACUUCUAAAUUUCCGAUUAAUUUUAUGUUUAAAGUUUGACAUCCUGGAAUUAUUCUUGCAUGGAUCAGCAGUUUUGUAAAAACAACAAAAUGUCAUGCCGACAAAUUAAAUGAUUUCAUGGUAUGUAUUUCUAAAAACACUUCAUUUCGAGAAAUAUGCUCUCGGCUUUACAUAGAAUUCUGCUGGAGAUUUCGUGCUUUCCACAUGUAAAAACCUUAAAUGCUGUGCUGUCAAUGUUUUUGUUGAACAUUUGGAAUUAAAGUCUAUUUUAUACAAAGUAUUUUAAUUUUUACAUUCUUACAGAUGUUGUCAAAUAAUUUUCUAUGUAUUUACACAUCGUUUGUAAUAUUAUUCAAAAUAAAUUAUUUACAAA